UUAUGCUUACAGAUGCAUCAAUCCGUAGUCUUGGCAGGUGUAAAGCACCUGAUACCAAAGUGCACAUCUUGUUGCAUAUUGUAUCAUUGCCCCUUGUGCCCUACACUGAAGCCAAUGAUUAAAAAGAGAGUCCAGGCUCACUGGGAAGUCCAUUUAAAAAAUGCGAUCAUAUUCCAAGAUAAAAGAUUAUGCAGAUGCCAUUUGGCCUGCAGAACAGAGGCCCAUUUCCAUUGCCCUACUUGCAGUAAAACUGUUCUUAGGAGAAAUGCAAUGGAGACUCACCUGCAGAAGUGCUUGCCAUCAUAUGUACAAUCUCAACCUCCUUCAUGCCCAGUGGUUCCAAAGUCUUCAGUUAAUAUACUAUCUCCACAAUCCUACCUAACUGCACCCGCUCUGGCUUCGUGUACGUCCUCACCUGUUCCAGGAUCUGCAUCGGCUCUGUGUAAAUCCACACCGGCACCGACUCCGUGCACGUCCUCACCUGUUCCAGGAUCUGCAUCGGCUCUGUGUAAAUCCACACCGGCACCAACUCCGUGCACGUCCUCACCUGUUCCAGGAUCUGCAUCGGCUCUGUGUAAAUCCACACCGGCACCAACUCCGUGCAUGUCCUCACCUGUUCCAGGAUCUGCAUCGGCUCUGUGUAAAUCCACACCUGCACCGACUCCGUGUACGUCCUCACCUGUUCCAGGAUCUGCAUCGGCUCUGUGUAAAUCCACACCGGCACCGACUCCGUGCACGUCCUCACCUGUUCCAGGAUCUGCAUCGGCUCUGUGUAAAUCCACACCUGCACCGACUCCGUGUACGUCCUCACCUGUUCCAGGAUCUGCAUCGGCUCUGUGUAAAUCCACACCGGCACCAACUCCGUGCAUGUCCUCACCUGUUCCAGGAUCUGCAUCGGCUCUGUGUAAAUCCACACCGGCACCGACUCCGUGCACGUCCUCACCUGUUCCAGGAUCUGCAUCGGCUCUGUGUAAAUCCACACCGGCACCGACUCCGUGCAUGUCCUCACCUGUUCCAGGAUCUGCAUCGGCUCUGUGUAAAUCCACACCGGCACCGACUCCGUGUACGUCCUCACCUGUUCCAGGAUCUGCAUCGGCUCUGUGUAAAUCCACACCGGCACCGACUCCGUGCAUGUCCUCACCUGUUCCAGGAUCUGCAUCGGCUCUGUGUAAAUCCACACCGGCACCGACUCAGUGCACGUCCUCGCCUGUUCCAGGAUAUGAAUCGGCUCUGUGUAAAUCCACCAGUGAACCGACUCAGUGCAAAUACUCACCUUCUCAGUCUUCAUUUACUGCCUCUAAUAAUCAAAAAAGGACUAGUUGCCCACACUGUUCAGUGGUUAUGCUGAAGAAGAACUUGAACAUGCACAUUCAAAGGAAACACACUGACCACUCAAAAGAUAUAACAAUGCAAUCACAUCUGUCUAGUGUGUGUAUUGACCGAUCAAAUGGAGUGUCAGCUGUUCAGAGGAGUGGCCAUGGUUUUUCUGUACCUGUGCAUGUUCAAAAAAAGACUUUGGGCAAACAUCAUCAAGUUAGGUGUGAGUUACAAGAGUGCUGGCAAUACCAGCAGCUUGCUUACAGGAGUGGACACACUUUUAGUCUAUGUGAACACCUCCGUUCACUGGACUAUUGUUGUGAUACAGUGUUUGAGGAGCUUUUGGAUUCUAGUGUUCUUGAUGAGAUGAUUAAGCUCAAAUUCUUUGGAGAAGCCAAGAAGGCAGUCUGUCUGAAGAGACAGAAAGUAGCACAGACAGCCCAUGUUCCAUUUUCAGUGUUCGUUGCAUUGGGUGACUCUCAAAAGCAGAUUACUCUGUCUGUACAUGAGCCCAUGAUCCAUCACUUCAGUCGUCUUGGGAGAGUUAUGGUUACUUAUAAUUCAACUGCCAGAACUUGGCACUGCCCGUGUGCAAAGCCCCGGAUGUCCUGCCCUCACAAAAACAUUGCCAAAUGGCACUUGUUUCAGACAAAUAAAGAGUUAUUUGCAUCAGAGAAACCAUCUGAAGCAACUGACUCCUCAGUUCCACAGCUGUUGGAAGAUCUCACCUGUGCUCCCCAGUUUGACCUGCACCGCACUGUGAAGUAUAUUUACUCUAAGAAGAAAAUUCCAUCUACUCCUUUAAAAGAACUAGCCCAACCAAAAUCAUCACCUGUGUUUCCAUCAAGUUUGUUUCCUGUGGAGAGCAGCUGUAUGGUGUGUGAUGGCAACAAAGCACUUGAAGCACCAGUAUUAACGACAAGAAAUUCCAAAAUUGUCACCAUGACUGGUGUCAUUAAUGCGGUUUCAAUUUAUACUCGAAGAUGCCCAGGAUGCCAUAUGAUCUACAGAUACCAAGAAUGGUCUGAUGGACUCCACAAUUUUAAUGACUACGUUCUUCUGAGUCUUGAACUCUGUCUAUAUCUUAGACAUAGUUUACAGAGUCACAUUUCCAUCUCCAGAGCCAUUGAUACUUUGGAGAGCCUUCGGGGAGUGAAAUACCCGAAUCGAGACACUGUACUCCAUGCUUACUGUCAUUUUGAGGCCUUGACAGACGUUAAUUACACUUAUUCUUGUGUAAACUGUGGGUACCACCCCCCUGUGGUAAUCAUGGAUUUGCAUAAGAAAGGUGUUUUCAGCAUGGCAGUGAGUGACCUCAAAGAGCCACCAUCAGAGUUCAAAGGGGAAGUGAACAUUGAGGAGUUUUGGCAAUCAGUGGAUCUGGAGAUGAUUGCACGUGGCUUUGUUUCCAGCCGAACAAAAAAUCCAUUUGUUGUGGAGCCAAGUUAUGAAAAGUGGGCUCCAUGGAUUGGAAAAAAUACAAGGAUUGGUAACACAGUACUCAACACGGAGUAUGAGAAAGUUGUCUCCUCAAAAGUUACGUCGCCUGAAGCACAGGUUCUCAGUGUGUCCGAGGAUCGUCUUGUGGAUGAUUUGAUGAAACAGAAGGUUGGCGUUGUCAGAAAGCUGUGUAAGGCCUGUAAUGUGGACUCCAAGGGAUCUCGCAUGGAUCUGAUAUUGAGAUUAAGAUCAGAGAUGCAAAACAGGCAGUCGUACAACAAAAUCUUUCAGAAAAUCUGGGGGGCAUCAGGUGGGUGGUCCGUUGUCCUUUGCCCACAUGGUGUGGUCUACAGUUUAAAAUUUAAUUUGAGGGCAGAGAGUCCAAGGGAUUUUGUGGACCUACUUUUGUCAUGGCAACACAUGCCUAACGUGACUAUAUAUGACUUUGCUCGAGGCUUGGCCACACAUGCCAAUUUACGUGUACCUUCGUCUCUUCCAUUUCAACCGUUUGAAGGAAGGCUGGCAGUCUCAACACCUGAGAAUAUUAACAAAGCGAAACAGGGAAAACUCAAUGUAUCUCUUCCUUGGUUGAUUGAGAAGACUAAUCUAAAUUCGGAAGGACAUCCAAUCACUGGAUCAUCGGAACACUAUGUUUUAUAUGACAAAUUGCAUGAAUCCAACACAAAAGACCCACAGGAUGUUCUCAGAAAAAUCAGUCUGGUGCCAGAACUACAGGGUUGGCUGAACAGCCAAAUUGCUGAGCAAUUUUUUGCAGACUUGAGAAAAAACAACUACUUUCUCAAUAAUAUGGCUCCCUCGACACACAUUUUCGUUAUGCGAAACAUUAUCCAUCACAAAAAUGCAUCAGCAAACCAGAAGCUGUUGCAGGGACAGCUACAGCGUGGUCAUAUACCUCACAGCAUUGGAAAUGUUGUCCUGUCUGACUUUGGACAAGCAAUUUUGACCCCACAUUCCACAGACAAGCAAAUUUCUUCUGGCUUGGGCUUAGUACCUGAGCCUGUGUCAGCAUUGAAACAACAUGUAGUUGAGAACAUUGAAGUGUGUGGACCUCAAUGCGAAGAAGUCACAAAUUGCAAAAACAUUGCUGCCUGCAGAACUUCAUGGUCUUUAAGAAACCAUUCAGCUCAGAAAGAACUGCUCAACUACGUACUGGACAUAGAGAGGCCUGGGAAUGAGCUGAUUGUUCGAACAGCAAAGGCAUGCCUGACCCGUGCUGAUUUUUGGACCUUGGGCUUAAACCGAGACAUGGAGUCUACCAUUGGAAAUGGUUGUUUUCAACUGAUUGACAGAAUUGCAGAGUCAAAGGGAAAGGACAUUCAUAUUGUUGACCUGUAUACCGUACCAACAUGGCUACCCCCAAUGAGCUGUGAUCCAAUGUUAAGUCUGCCUGAUGAUGCUCACUUAAAAGAAGCGGUGGUGAUUCCAAUAUGGACACCAGGACACUACCAGCUGUGUGUUUUGAAACCAGCACAGAGAGUGAUUCUCUUUCUAGAUUCUAAAUGUGCUGAGACACCACAUGGAUUCGGUGCCCAGACAUACAAAUCGCUGUUGAGGGAAAUUGCAUGUAGGAUUAUACCGGGAAAAUGGACUGAAAAAACAGGCCUUGAUUUACUGGUUGGCUGUCUAUCUAAUCUUUCCUUCUAUCUAUCUGUAAUCUAUCCAUCUAUGAAAUUGUGCUUAUUCCCGCCUUUCAAUAUAAUUAAGGGUUUUCCAGGACAACCAUAUGGAAACGACUGUGGUAUAUUUAUGUUGAUGUCUGCAUUGUACAUAGUGCUGGAUGCCCCAUUUGACUACACAAUUCUGGACAUGGCAGAGCUGAGGAAAUGGUGGUGCGUCAUGCUAAUGGAGAACUUCAGACUGGAACAACAUGGAAAAUUGUUUGCCCACUAUGCUGAGGAGUCCAAAGCCUUCCUUAGAGGUGAGCAGCAGCCUGUAUUUCGGUUGCGAAAAAGGAGGUUUGAAGAAAUCUCUCAGGAAGAUCCUUUCCACGUACAGGUAGAUGAAACUGAUCUUUUCACCCCUGAAUUUGCAUCAAAGAAGCAGGUGGUUCAGUCUCCACGAAAAGUGCGUGUCAUGACGGAUCUUAAAACUGCCAGUCAGUGGUGCAUAGAGAACUCUAGGGAUCUUCUCGGAUCAGUUCAGCUUCCUGGUAUACUGUGCAUGGAGGAUGAAGAAGCUGCUGAGGCCUUGGAACCAUUGUUCUGUGACGAGUUCAGCAAGGACGAUCUUGUAGAGCCACUGACAUUUGUUUUUGAAUUUAUGCAAGACAUGCAUGCAUUUUUAGAGAAUGUGGUGGACAAAAUGCAUCUGCAAAUUUUUUGUCGAACACAAAAUUGAAAGACAGUUUUAUAUUUUUAUAGUCCGUAACAUUUCAUUUUACGUAGUAAAAUUAUUCAACUACAGUAAAUGUGAAAAACCCACAUGCAACACCAUGUUUU